AUGAGCAUAGAGGAACGUCUGAAGCUGCUUACCGACACAUUCACUAUCAGUCUUUAUCAGCAAGUAUCUCAGUCUCUCUUUGAAAGAGAUAAGUUGACAUUUUCUUUCAUUCUCUGCAGCAGAAUCUUGAUAGCACAAGAUGAACUGCCAAGGGAAGAAUUCAUGUUUCUUGUCAUGAGCAUUGUUGAUGUUGAAAGUUUAGAGCCUAACCCUGCUCCUGAGUGGCUAAGAAAUGAGGCAUGGAGUAUGCUCUGCCAGAUAGAAGUAUUGCCCGCUUUCAGUGGUUUCAAAGAACAUUUCAAGAAGCAAAUAAGUGGGUGGAAGCAGUAUUCUACUGAUGUGGAUGCCUCAUUGGCUAAGUUGCCUUCUCCUUGGGCACAGCGUCUCUCUCAGUUUGAAGCACUGAUCCUUAUUCGGAUAUUCCAUCCAGAUAAGUUAUUAUAUUUUGUGAGAGACUUCAUACAGUCUAAAAUGGGGAUGAAGUUUGUGAAACCACCACAUUUUGAUAUAGAAAAAGCUUAUGAGGAUUCUGAUGUGAUGUGUCCUCUUAUAUUUAUCUCAGAACCACAGUAUAAUCCUAUUGUAGAUUUAUACAGAUUUGCUCAGCGCAAAGAAUAUGGAUCCAAAUUUAUCCCAAUAUCACUUGGAGAAGGACAGGUUGAGAACAAACAGUCUAUGUAUAGAAAACGAAAGUACAUACUGUGUAUUUCCUGCAAAAACACAUACUUUCACAUAAAUAUUUUUGGUGAUAUUACACUGGUGAUUUACAGCUGUGGAGAUCAAGCAUCAUCCGCCCGUUUUGUAGCAUUUUAA